AUCAAAGCUUACCUCACUCCCCCCUUUUCUCUCUCCUCUCUUCCCCCCCAAAACCCACACAAACCCCCUCUCACUCUCUUCUCCACCCCCCCCCCCCCCCAAAACCUUCAAAUUUCUUGUAUGCUAAUCUGAUACACCCUCGGCCUUAACUUUAGGCCCUGCGACAAUGGCUUACAUGUGUGCUGACAGUGGAAAUCUCAUGGCAAUUGCUCAACAAGUUAUCAAGCAACAGCAACAACAGCAACAAGAACAGCAACAGCAAACCCACCACCAGCAACACCACCACCACCACCACCAUCAGUCUCAAUUUCUCGCAUCUAAUAACCCCUUUUUUCUCAAUCCAUGGCCGACCUCUGUUCCUCCUAUGUCCACCAGUCCACCGCCUCCUCUGGGAUUCGGAGGCGGCGCUUUUCAUGAUCCGUUUCAGGUUGGCGGUCCACCACCCGAUGCGACUGAGCCUUGGCAGUUAGACCAUCCCUCCUCUAACUUCCGGUUUGCUGAUUUCUACGGUGGGGCGCCUGGUGAGUUUGAUUCCGACGAGUGGAUGGAGAGUUUGAUGAGUGCUGGUGGCGCCGCUGAUUCCGGGGCUGUUACAGAAACUCCAAAUCUUCAAUCCACCGGUGGUUGUGAAGCGUGGCAAGGCGGAAGUGCCGCCGCUGAUUUUAGUCUUUACGGCGGUGAUCCUUUCGCUGCCACGUGUCCAACUCGAAUGAAUGUCACCCUAUCUCCACCGUCGGAUCUCACUCGGGUCAUUUACUCGGAUGCAGAUAAGACCGUUACAACCCAGCAAUGGGUCCAACCUUCUCCACCACUAAAGGACCCACCACCACCACAAAUACAAGCCGAACCCCCUCAAAACCGGAACGCCGCCGUUUCCGUCGCAGUCGCCUCAUCUUCUUCUCCGGAAAAACAACUGCAUUCAUGGCCACCGCUAAUCGCGGCUUUACUCGAGUGUGCUCGACUUGCCGAAUUAGACCCGGAACGCGCCGCCGUUAAAUCACUGGUUCGACUCAGAGACUCGGUUUCCCAACACGGAGACCCUAUCCAGAGAGUUGCGUUCUACUUCACAGAGGCCCUCUCAUGCCGUCUCUCUCCUCCCCUCUCUUCCCCAACCGUUGAAACGACGGCGUCUGAGGAGUGCACUCUUUCAUACAAAGCAUUAAACGACGCGUGCCCGUUCUCUAAGUUCGCCCACUUAACAGCAAACCAAGCAAUACUCGAAGCCACCGAUGGAGCAGAAAAGAUCCAUAUUGUUGAUUUCGGGAUAGUGCAAGGUGUCCAAUGGGCCGCUCUACUCCAAGCCCUAGCAACCCGACCCGCCGGAAAGCCCAAUAAGAUUCGGAUCUCCGGGAUUCCUGCUCCAGCCCUUGGGGAAUCUCCGACGAGUGCCCUUUUCGCCACUGGUAACCGCCUCCGAGAGUUCGCGAAAGUUCUAGAACUCAACUUCGAGUUCGAGCCAAUACUCACCCCUGUCCACGAGCUAACCGAGUCAAGCUUCCGGGUCGACCCAGAUGAGGUACUUACCAUUAAUUUCAUGCUCCAAUUGUACAACCUUUUAGACGAAACAACAGUCGAAGUAGAAACUGUUCUGAAACUAGCUAAAUCACUGAACCCGAAAAUCGUUACACUGGGUGAAUACGAAGUGGGUUUAAACCAGGUGGGUUAUUCGACCCGGUUUAAAACAGCAGUCAAAUACUACACCGCGGUAUUUGAGUCGCUGGAGCCGAAUUUGGAUCGGGAAUCGGUUGACCGGGUUCAAGUAGAGAGGUUGAUAUUCGGGCGGAGAAUAAUGGGUAGUGUUGGGCCGGAGUUACAGGGAAGCAGAAGAGAGAGGAUGGAAUGCAAAGAAGAAUGGAAAAGAUUAAUGGAGAAUGCUGGAUUUGAAGCGGUAAGAGUAAGCAAUUAUGCAAAUAGUCAAGCAAAGAUAUUGUUAUGGAAUUAUAAUUAUAGCUCAUCGUAUAAGUUGGUGGAUUCUCCACCUGGGUUUCUUUCUCUUGCUUGGAAUGAUGUCCCUCUUCUCACUGUUUCUUCUUGGCAUUAAUUACUUAUUAAUUAUUUCUUUCAAUUUUAGUGUAAUUGAAAAUUAGGGUCUUUAAUUUUCCAGAUUUUAUUACUAUUUGGUUUAAGGGUUAUUGGGAUUUUCUUUGUUUUAGGUUAGAAAUAGUCCAAUUAUACAAAAUUGUAAAAAGAAAAUGGUUGAAUGAAUGAAUGAUUGAAUGAAAAUGGGUUUCAAAUGCAA